AUGGCUGAACCCACUCCAUCGGAAGACGGCACGUUCAAGAAUGUCAGCGUUACAAGCAGCGAAGAGUCUUUGCAACAGUUUCAAGAUGACUUCUCGGGGUCCCGCACCAGUCGCCGCGAAAUCGUCAAGAGGCUUCACUAUACUAUCAACCUGCCACCCGUUAGCGAGAAGCGUAUGAAGAAGCUCCAAAGUACCCGCGAAGCUGCCGCCAACAACGCUGCCUUUACGCAAGCCAUCAUGGAUCUUUUCCAACUUCUGAGUGAUUGGAAAACCGGCGACAUCACUCUCGUCGUCAGGGUCGCUUCUCCUUCGGAUACAGACGAGGAUCUAUUUGACUCCUUGGAUAGCAGUCACUCUGGCAGCCCAAUUUGGGAUGUGCGUAACGACUUCCAGUAUAUCAGCUUCGACCAGACACUGAAUUUCACGUCGGGCCUUGCACAAGUUCGGGCCAUCUCCAGCGUGGAUCUUCGAGAAGACUUCAGCAACGUCAAAAGACGACUUCAUCCCGCCUGCAUCACUACUAUAUCCCAGGCACUCCCCGACGUCAAGGCUCUGACGUGGGACUGCAUCAUGCCCUCACGCCGCCUUGAGUCCUCAAGAAGAGAAAUCCGUCUCGCUCUCGCAGAGACCUUGAAGCAUGGCGCUUUCACCAGCCUCAAAGGCCUUGACAUUUAUCUCGAAGAUCCAGACCCGUUGAACGAAAGCUCCGAUCCUGGGGCAUUUUGUCAGAGUCCCGAGGAAGACGUUCUUUCAUUGGCUAUAAGCAGAAUCUUACAGCUCCCUGCAAUUGUCAAAGUGCAGUUCACGGGUCUCUGGACUAUCGCCCCGGCAGCUUUUGAGGCGGCAACAGAGUUUGGGUCCUUAUUAGAGUCGGUAAACAUUGAGGCCAGCGGAACAACCCCCGACGGGAAAUGGCUUAGCAUUGGGGAAGAAGAGGACGAUGUGGAUCAGAAUGAGCCAGACUCAGACUCGGACUCUUGUGAGGCUGCUUUUGACUCGUCGGACUCGGAUACGUCCGACUUUGUUCCGGAGCAUGAAUGGGAACGGGAAGCAGGGAACUUUCCGGCGAACUCGUGGAGGACUUCUAUCGAUACCGAGGUUUUUUUGCCGCAUAUACUACCUCUCGUCAAAACCACACUUAAGAUGUCACCACUCCGGACUCUAAAAUACGGGUUUCAAAUGCAGCCGUCGCCAUUCUUCGUCGAGUAUUAUGCACCGGGAGUCGAGAAUGUCUCGGCGAAAAGAGAGUCAAAUCGGCGCGGACAUUUCGAACGGGAAAAUGCUAGCCGGUCAAGAUGGUAUCUCACGGUUGUGCAAGGCUUUGACGCGUCCUGGACCGUGCCUCCUGAUCUGAUCAGUGCAAUCGAAGAGACUGGUGGAUGCUAUUUCUGGGAUGGACCCAGUACUUAA